UCUCCCCUCGAUCCAACUCGUCUUCGCUCUCCUUGUCGACCAGGGAGACGAGCUCCUCCCGAGACCAGCAGAUGAGCCCCCGUCGCGACCCUCUCCUUCUCUUCCCUCUUCCCUGCAGCUCCCUCUCCCUAAUCUCCUCAUCUCUCUGUGCCUCAACAGGAGCUCCAGUGCCAUGGCCAUCCCGAGCUCGGCCUGCGUAGCUCGGAGACUCCAAGCCCCCCCUCGUUCCAGCAGUCCAGGAGGAUGCCGUCGUGCCCAUGCUGCAUCCCGCGAACCCGCCGGUGACCCCGACCUUCAGGCUACCCCGACGCGCCCGAUGCCUCCGCCUCGACUAGCGCCAUCCCAUCUGCGUCUCCUCCGCCUCGUCCCUACCACUGGCAGCAGGAGCAGCUCCUGCAUCCCCGAACCCCGAGCACCUCCACCAUCAUCGUCUAAGAUGAGCACCGCCCUGGUUCCCUUUCUCUCUUUCCUCCGGUUCGCUCUUCUCAUCUCUCUCUCUGUGUGCAUUGCAGCAGCAGCCCCGCGCCAUGGAUUUUGCAUCGACCUCGAUGUUCGCUGCCUUGCCUCCCUUGCAAGCAUGGCCUCGCCUUCGCGCCUCCGACGACCGGCCUCAUCGUCGCCGGCAACCCCAGGCAAUAGCCGACGUCGUGGACGCCAACCGCCAAGUCGUCGCCUUCCACGGCCGCCCUGGCCUCGGAUCCGGCCGGUUCCCGGGGUCCCUCGCCCCGCCAAGCCCCUCUGCUGCUCCCCUGCUUCACACUUCUGCCUCCCCUGCAUCCAGAGGAGGAAGAACGCCUCCACGCCCUGCUUCUCGUUCUGUCCAGGAACGAGCAACUGCGCCGUUGACCUGGCCUCGUGGGCCUAGUCCCUGCCCAGCAGCCUCCAAGCCCAGCACCUCCACCGACUCGGGCCUUGGGACUUGGUGAGCGCCCAGCCGCCCACUCUUUCAGCCCAGUACCUUUUUUUCUGCCUGCGAUUUUAGCUAAUUAUCCAGAGUUUACUGUUUUACAGAAAACCCCCUAAGCAUCAUGCAUAUAAUAACUCAUGAACCGUGCAUCAGAUUAAAAUGUUGUAAACAUGUAAAAUGCUUAGUUUUUCAUCU